AUGGAGCGCCUUUUGAACCACCGCGAUGUGAAUAGCGUCCGGACGAGUUACCUCGUCCGCUGGCGUGGCUAUCCACCGGCCUGGGACAUCUGGUAUCCUCGUGCCCAGCUGAUUGUUAAUGUCCUUGGUAUCGCCGAGCAGUGCGACGAGACCCAAUUGCUGCAUUUGAAGAAGGGCCGUCGGAAAACGACCUCCCUGAACGCGAGCCUCCCUAGGAGCACGCCGGUGGAACUUGUACCGCGCCCCGACUGGGUUGCGUUUCUCAAACCUGAUGCGAGCUGCAUCAAGUUUAUUGAUCCAGGUCUCACGGCCAAUGCACACGAUGUUAUGGAUGAGGGCAUUCCAUCCCUGCACCAAGGCUUUGCCGUCUCGCACACGGCUGCUAUUGUACCACCAAUGUUUGAAGAACGCAUCGGUGAAGAAUUCUUCCUCAGCACGGAUAGUUUCCGUGCUGAAAUCAGGUGGAAAAAUCUUCCUGCAAUCGAACAACGGGAUUUGAUCCCGUUCGGUAGUCGUUCCGGCUAA